ACAGCACUGAGAAAACCAAGAGAAAGUUCAGGGGAAAAACUUUCCCAGGAACUUGCGCUGAAGGUUCAGUGAGGAGAGGCGGCAGCAGUUGUCCGAGGCAGUUCUCACAGCUCUAUGGAAAAAAAAUAAACCGUCUGGCAGGAAGUAUUUCAAUUCACAUAGGUAGGAAAAUAUCCAACCGGAAUCACCUAUGCCUACGAAGUGUUGAGCAUCCUGUCAGUGCGUUUUUAUAUCGACAGGACCUGACACAGAAUGAAAGACUGUGCGCCUGCUAGAGUAUAAGAUAGAUACAUCGCUGAGAAAAACAAAAUCUCCGUGGGGAAAGCCUUUUAAAAACAGCCAAUCAUCAUGGUGGCCAGGCCGGCUCUUCUCAUUUUGCUUUGUUCCAUUAAACAUGUGGUACUGCGCAAGGCUGAAUGGCAGAAAUCUUAUGUACCUGCAAUUUACCCCAAGGCAACUGUUACACUGGAGAGUGCACAUUUUGAAGGCAAAGCCAACCUGAAAGUAACUUCGCUCUGUGGGUUAGACUGUCACAAAAGAGCACCCCUGCCAACCUAUGAAAAUCUGAGAGAAUAUUUGUCUUAUGAAACUUUGUACUUAAAUGGAAGUAGAACUCUCACAGAUGUGGAUAUCCGUGGUUUCAUUGCUACUGAUUUCGGACAUGAACAGAAUCACAGAAACAGCGUAAGAACAAAAAGACAGAUCUUUGGCUUGGAUUCUCGAUUCAGCAUCUUGUCGAAAAAUUUGCUGUUCAAUUAUCCGUUUUCAACUUCGGUGAAAAUCUCUACGGGUUGCACUGGGACCUUGGUAUCUGCAAAACAUGUUUUAACUGCUGCUCAUUGUGUUCAUGAUGGCAAGAACUACGUGAAAAAUGCACAAAAGAUGAAAGUUGGAUUCUUUAAGACCAAACAGAAAGAGAAGGGAAGAGCCAUAACUCAAAUCAACCCACUUCUUCCAGAGAAACCUCGAUUCCAUUGGAUUAGGGUGAAGCGGACAUACAUUCCAAAGGGGUGGAUCAAAGGUUCGGAAAAUGAUGUUGGCAUGGAUUAUGACUAUGCAAUUCUGGAACUGAAAAGGCCUCACAAGAAACCCUUCAUGAAAAUAGGAGUGGCUCCUCCUCGAGAGAGGCUGCCUGGUCGCCGGAUUCACUUUUCUGGGUUUGAUAAUGAUCGUCCUGGGGAUCUGGUGUAUCGUUUCUGCUUGGUCAAAGAUGAAACCUAUGACCUCCUGUAUCAGCACUGUGAUGCUCAGCCUGGGGCCAGUGGCUCAGGUGUUUACAUCCGAAUGUGGAACAGGAAAAUCCGGAAGUGGGAGCGAAAAGUGGUUGGGAUAUUUUCAGGUCACCAGUGGGUGGAUAAGAAUAGCAUGCAACAAGAUUACAAUGUAGCUGUUCGCAUCACUCCUCUGAAGUAUGCACAGAUUUGUUUCUGGAUUAAGGGAAAUUACAUUGACUGUAGGGAUGGAUGAGAUCUUAAUUUUUUGCUCUGCUUUUUAAACCAUGUGCUUUGCAAGCUAGUAUACACUUGUACCACAAAUAUUCAAUUCCAGAGCCUCAUUUACUGUGGGCACAGUUCUUCUGAUUAAACCUAAAAGAACCAAUUAUCAAAGUGGUGAUCAUUAAGAAUAAGAGGAAAGCAGGUGUAUGAGCAGCAGGGAGUAGAGGGAUGUAGAGCAUGUACAGGCAGAUAGGAUGCAUUCUGAUUGGCACCAUGGUUGGUGCAGACAUGCAGGUUGUACUGAUCUAUAAUGUACUCGGUCUUCUGAGUAGGAGAAUCAGAGUUCUUCUGGGUACUGAAAAGCGGCUUUUUCCUAACUAGAACCAGUGCUGCAACCAUGUGCCAGGGUCAAGCAACUGCAUCAUAAAAGCAUGCUUUUUGAUUGCAGGUUAACCAUAAUCUAAGGUUGUGAAAGCAAGUCUGUAAUCGCUCAGAUUAUCUGUCAGAUAUGACAAGCAGAUCAAUUUAAGGUUAUUUGAAGAUUGGAAGAAAAUCUGGAAUACAAUGGAAAAUGCUGGAAACACGCAGCGAGUCUAGAAUUACCUGCAAAAGGGAACAGAAUUUCUGUGCAAUAUUUUGGGUCUAUGACCCUUCAUUAGAACUGAAUGUUUCCAGCAAUUUCAUUUUUUUCUUAUUAUUGCAAACAGACGUUGACUUGAAUAGAACUGCUGGUAAUUGGCCAACAUAUCUCUGACAGAAUGAUAGAAAGAAUCCCACUGAUUAUCAGCUAUUCAAUUUGAAGAGCAUCUAUACCUUAAGCAUCACAACCUCUUUUGGAAACCUUUUAUGUAAAAUGUUGUACUGUUAGUGACAAUAAGCAGAAAAGAGAUCAUUCACUGAUUUUAAUUUGAACUGUGAGGCAUACUUAGAGUUACAUAAAGUGAAUGACUAUUCAAAAUAAAUAUGCAGUUAGUGAUGACAAAGUGAUUUGGCCACAAAAUGGGAGCAUGAGAAAUUAAUGGCAUUUGAAUACUGUAUUAAAAAUUUAAUCAGUCAGUAUCAAAUGCAAACGCUUAUUUCAAUCCUUGUUAUUCCUUUUGCACAGCACUUGCAAACCAUUGGAAAAAAUGUCUGAAGCUUUAGUUUAUUCAACAAAAAGUUAAGAAAUACAUAAACCUUUUGCAUUUUUCAGUCCCAGCAGGAUGAACUUGGAUAGUGGGGCAAUACUUGCUUUCUAUAAAGCUGGUGUGUAUGUAAAUUUACCAGAAUUUAUUAUCAAAAAGGUGUCUACAGAAGCAUUUAUAUCUUAUACAUCUACCAAAUGUAAUACUGCUCUGAGAAUUGUUUUUAAUAUGUUGCUAAUGAGUCAUGGCCUUUGAAUGUGGACAAUCUAAUGCAAUCUAUGUCAAUAUUUUAAUCAAUAAAAAAGCAAG